UUUUGAUGUGAACGAAGUACAUAUGUCAGUGGCCUGCCGUUGUGGUGUCCGUGCCACAGUACCCAUCUUCUCGAAAUGCACGGAGGCCGUUCUGAGGCAGUUCUGAGGGGCGAUCGAACGCGUUCUGAUGAAUGUUAGAGACUCGAGAGGACUUGGGCCACUCAUUCACCUCAUUCAUUGGUCACGCCAAUCUUGCCGGACACCUCAGCAGCAUAUAACGGGGCAGAGCGUCUCGGGUCUAGAACUCUAAUACUUUAGCCGACGCGACCCUCACAAACGAAGAUGGCGCAUGCAUUUUCGGUCCUUUGCGUGGCCGUCAUUGGCAAAACGAACAACCCACUAUUCGUGAAGAACUUCAGCUCAACAUAUACCGACUUGAAAUGCCAUUACAUAGCUCACACGGCAAUAGACUUGGUGGAGGAACGGAUCGGGUCAACGAAGCACACGGAUCAGUACCUGGGGUUGCUAUAUACGAUGGAAGAUCUAGCAGUGUUUGGAUACAUAACGAAUACACGAGUAAAGUUCAUAAUCGUAACGAAUGUGGUGGAUGUUGCUAUCAAAGACCAGGAUAUCAAGAAUUUGUUUCGGAAGAUCCACAACGCAUACGUGAUCCUGGUAUCGAAUCCAUUUUAUGAUCCGGACAGCAAGCGGCCAAUAGCGUCGACGAAUUUCGAAAAAGCAAUCAGCAGUCUGUGAGAUCGCCUUCCAUCCUGCCGUGGGCUUAGGCUUGCUCUGGGACCUUGUAUAUAGAUAGAAUGACGAAUACCCGCGAACUCGCGACGACACGAAUUCGCGAAGACCGUUUCCGCCAGCAAUCUGAGUGUGGGAUGUCGUCGUCGCCAACGACUACAGAUCUUGUUUGUUGCUCAA